AUGAGCCGUGCUCGAUUCAUUGAAAGUAGCAAAUUCGGAUUCAUUCGCAGUCGCGUAAACAACUGUGAUUGGCCUGAUGACUAUGAGAUGACGCAAGUGCCCAAUACACCCAACGACGUACAAGCUCUCUCCCGCUCUGAGGUCGAAACCUGGUUCCGCCACUAUGGGGCGGAAGCGUCUGAUACAGCGUUCCAGAAAGAGAAGCUGAUCGCUUUCAUGUCGGGUCAAGAUCUCGACCCGAGGCUUUUGUGA